UUAAUAUGCUUUUGGUGUCUGUUCGUAACGACCGUAGCGGCCCAGGCGGACUUCUAUGAGCCUCAGACUUUCAAGCAAAAUGUGAGUAGAACUAGAGAUCCAGUUUUGGCUGGUCCAUUUGACACACACGAGGUCAAAACAUGGCUUCUACUGUUUGUACCGGUCUUCAAGUCGGAAUGCCUUGACCGCUACCAGAAAAGCCUGUUUACUCCCACAGAAGAUGUUACUCCUCAGGGUAGCUACAUGCAGGCGUGGAGGCCUGGGCCCUCUGAUCACAACACCGUCGCAUCCGUACCUGCACCAAUUUUACCAAAGCCAGAACCCUGGAAAGCGCCUUAUCCAUCGAAGGAGAAACAGGCAGCAAUAUUGCACCACAAGCAAGCACUUACUUCAGGCAAGAGAACCCAUAAUAUUAUUACGGGCUGGGAGGGCAGUUUCCGGUUCGAAUACGCUUCAGACAACGGCUUGGCGGCCGGAGAGGUCAUAGAACCGGACGGCUCCAGAGUCGGGGCCUAUCAGUACAAGGACCCCAAUGGACAAGUGGUGAAACUGAAGUACAGAGCCGGCAAGGAAGGCUUCCAAAUCCUGGAGGGCAGUCAUCUCCCGAAGAGUCCAGAGCCAGUAGCUCCUCACACUCCGGACAACUAUUACCAGCAAGCAUAUGCUCAACAACGCGAGCAGUACCAGCUGCAGCAGCAGUACAAUCAGCAGAGACCUGAGCCCCAGAACAGCUGGAGACAGGAUCAGGGUUACGAAGGCUCUCAGCGACCUGGAGGCGGUCAGUACCUCGCCCAGAAUUGGCGGCCGCAGGAUCUGAACGAAGACGACGGUCAGUAUCGAGAUAACGAGGUCGAGCAGAGAGGUCCCCACAGCUUCGGUGAGGGCUACGCAUUCGCCUUCAAAGGAUGA